AUGUGUUACUUUUUAAAACCUCAAGGUCUAUUUUGCAAAUUCAACAAGUGGGGGAGAUUUAUUGAAUGGACCAGUCCACAAGUUGAGGAUGGUAACGAAACUCAAAACAAAAAGGAGGCUACAAAAGUACAAGAACUGUCUGAAACUUCUACUAAUAAAACAAGAAGCUUUGGUAGUUACAGAGCUGCUCUGUCUCAGACGUGUUCCAGGUUCAAGAACAGGUUGGUUAGUAGGUCUGAUGAUGAGAACGAGCGGUUCGAACUCAGGAAACAGAGCGAGCACGACAUGAAACGGUGUCUCACAUGGUGGGAUUUAGUCUGGUUUGGAUUUGGUUCAGUGAUCGGAGCUGGAAUCUUUGUCUUGACAGGUUUCUCUGCUAUGCUCUCUGUCUUCUGCUACACUGAAUUCGCUGUGGAAAUCCCCGUGGCUGGUGGUUCCUUCGCCUAUUUACGGAUCGAGCUAGGGGAUUUUGCGGCGUUCAUCACCGCGGGAAAUAUACUUCUUGAGAGUAUAGUUGGAACUGCAGCUGUUGCUAGAGCCUGGACUUCAUAUUUUGCUACUCUUCUGAAUCGCAAUCCGAACGCUCUACGGAUCAAAACAGAUCUCACCAGUCCUGGUUUUGAUCUCCUAGACCCAAUAGCCGUAGUGGUUUUAGUCCUUGCGGUUACGAUUGCAUCGAUCAGCACCCGGAAGACUUCAUUGCUCAACUGGAUAGCUUCUGCUAUUAACACUUUAGUGAUUCUUUUUGUCAUCAUCGCGGGUUUUAUCCACGCCGACUCCUCGAAUUUGACUCCAUUCUUGCCUUAUGGACCCGAGGGAGUGUUCCGAGCAGCUGCAGUUGUGUACUUUGCAUAUGGAGGAUUCGAUAAUAUAGCAACAAUGGCUGAAGAAACCAAGAAUCCAUCAAGAGACAUACCGAUUGGGUUACUCGGUUCAAUGUCGAUAAUCAUGGUGAUAUACUGUUUGAUGGCAUUAUGCUUGAGUAUGAUGCAGAAGUACACCGAUAUCGAUCCAAACGCAGCUUACUCGGUAGCUUUCCAGAGCGUUGGAAUGAAAUGGGGAAAGUACUUGGUGGCUCUUGGUGCUCUCAAAGGGAUGACCACAGUUCUUCUAGUAGGAGCAUUGGGACAAGCGCGAUACGUUACUCACAUCGCACGUACACACAUGAUCCCGCCUGUGUUUGCCCUCGUCCAUCCCAAAACAGGAACACCGAUAUACGCAAACCUCCUUGUAGCAAUUCCAAGUGCUCUCAUUGCUUUCUUUUCGGGUUUAGAUGUUUUAGCGAGCCUCUUAUCGAUAAGUACUCUCUUCAUCUUCACAAUGAUGCCUAUCGCACUACUCGUGAGGAGAUACUACGUGAGAGAAACCACUCCAAGAGCUGAUCUUCUUAAGCUUAUCAUUUGCAUCCUAAUCGUUGUUGCUUCUUCAAUGGGUACUUCGGCUUAUUGGGGAAUGAAGGUGAAAGGAUCAUGGAUCGGAUACACAAUAACCACUCCUUUCUGGUUCUUGGGGACUUUUGGGAUUGUAUUCUUUGUUCCUCAGCAAAGAAGUCCGAAAGUGUGGGGAGUACCGUUAGUCCCGUGGCUCCCGUGCUUAUCGAUCGUGACGAAUAUCUUUCUAAUGGGAUCAUUGGGAGCUCAGGCUUUUGUAAGGUUUGGAGUUUGCACUUUAGUCAUGUUGCUAUACUAUUUUUUGCUUGGUCUUCAUGCAACAUUCGAUAUGGCUCAUCAGCAAAUCGUGCCAAGAUCUUAG